GAAUUGAUAGCCCUGGGGUAUUAAUCGACUGGGGGGUUCACUAGUGUGUAGGAGGGAACUCCCACUGGAGGCGUUUCUUCUCUCCGAGUGUAUAUUGAGACAAUACCGUCAAUGAGCUGCACUUUUCCCACGUUUUCUCACCAGGGGCGAAACGUUUCGGGCUCAAACACCGCAGAGAUUUUAUUCUACCCCCACGUAGAGAUGUGUUUUGGCAAGUGAACCGCUGUGUUCCCAGUCUGGAAGACCCAGUAAGUUGAUGUGUUAGGACACAAUGUCUUCCCCCCGCUGCUUCCUGCUGCUGCUGCUGCCAUGCGUCCUGCUGGUUCUGCUGGUCCAGUUUCCUCAGGUUCAGUCCAGACCGGCCACAGAGGACACUGACACAGCCGCAGUUAAAUCGUCUGAAGACGAAGAAGACGAUGAGUCAUCCUCAGAGGAAAAUAAACUGUCCAAUGAAUUGUCAACAAGCAACGAAAAGAUCCAGUCGCUGGCGCCGCAGUGGGUGAUGCCAGAGAAGAUGGAGAAGCAGCUGCACGCUGUUCCAGCCAGUAGGACUGUAAAGUUUCGCUGCCAAGCAACUGGAAACCCCGUUCCCUCCCUGCGCUGGUACAAGAACGGGAAAGUUUUCAGGAAGGACCAAAGAAUCGGAGGGUUCAAAAUCCGAGACCACAUGUGGACUCUAAUAAUGGAGUCAGUUGUUCCAUCUGAUAAAGGCAACUACACCUGUGUGGUGGAGAAUGAACACGGGAGUCUGAAACACACCUACCUGCUCGAUGUAGUUGAGCGUUCUCCUCACAGACCGAUUCUGCAGGCGGGUCUGCCGGCGAACCAAACUGCAGUUGUUGGCGGUAACGUGGAGUUUGUGUGUCGGGUGUUCAGUGACCCGCAGCCUCACAUCCAGUGGCUCAAACACAUCACCGUCAACGGCAGCAGAGAGGCGCCAGACGGACACCCGUACGUCCUUGUUCUCAAGACGGCAGGUUUGAACACAACGGAUAAAGAAAUGGAGGUUUUGACUCUGAGGAACGUAAGUCUGAACGACGCUGGGGAGUACACCUGCCUGGCAGGAAACUCUAUCGGAGUCUCCCAUCAUUCUGCGUGGCUCACCGUCGUCGAUGACCUGCCCCCUUCGGCGCUGCCCUCUCAGACAUACUUGGAGAUCUUCAUCUAUUGCCUUGGGUUUUUCAUCAUCAUCAUCCUCACAGCCACAGCAGUCAUCUGCAGACUCUGCUGUGCACCGAAGAAGAGCGACUUCAGCAGCCAGUUAGCGGUCCAAAAGUUAGCCAAAAGCAUUCCUCUGAGGAGACAGGUGUCAGUCGAGUCCUCGUCCUCCCUCCAGUCAGGGAUGUGUUUGAUGCGUCAGUCUCGUCUCUCCAGCGCCGCCACCACCAUCCUGGCAGGGGUGUCAGAGUACGAGCUUCCCUACGAUCCUGUGUGGGAGCUGGCUCGCGACAGGCUGACUCUGGGGAAGCCGCUGGGAGAAGGCUGUUUUGGUCAGGUGGUUCUGGCAGAGGCUGUUGGGAUCGACAAAAAUAAACCCACUCGCCUCACAAAGGUAGCUGUGAAGAUGCUGAAAGCGGACGCCACAGAGAAGGACCUGUCUGACCUGAUCUCUGAAAUGGAAAUGAUGAAGAUGAUUGGCAAACACAAGAACAUCAUCAACCUGCUGGGAGCCUGCACUCAGGCCGGCCCUCUGUAUGUGGUGGUGGAGUACGCCUCACAGGGUAACCUGAGGGAGUACCUCCGUGCCCGUCGACCGGUCGGGUUGGAGUACUGGAGCGGCUCCAGGCAGGCUUCUUUGGGCAGUUUGGAGAUCAGGGAGCUGGUAUCUGCUGCGUACCAGGUGGCCAGAGGAAUGACAUACCUCGCUUCAAGGAAGUGUAUUCACAGAGACCUGGCAGCCAGGAACGUGCUGGUCACAGAGGAUAACGUGAUGAAGAUAGCCGACUUUGGCCUGGCCCGAGAUAUCCACCACAUCGACUACUACAAGAAGACCACGAAUGGCCGUCUGCCAGUGAAGUGGAUGGCACCAGAGGCUUUAUUUGACCGCAUCUAUACGCACCAAAGUGAUGUGUGGUCUUUUGGAGUCUUGCUUUGGGAAAUUUUCACCCUCGGGGGGUCUCCUUAUCCCGGAGUGCCUGUGGAGGAGCUCUUCAAGCUGCUAAAGGAGGGACAUCGCAUGGAAAAACCCUCCGCAUGCACUCAGGAGCUGUACCUGAUGAUGAGAGAAUGUUGGCACGCCGUCCCAUCUCGCAGGCCGACUUUCCAACAGCUGGUAGAAGAUUUAGACCGCACACUCUCUCUCAUGGCCAACCAGAGUAUGUCAAAAUAA